CCUUCUAUGGUUCGAAAACAAAGACAGUUGCUCCAUCUAACUUCCAAUAGCACUCCCCGUGCAGUCUCCUUCUUCCUCCAAAUCUUGGAACCUGGAACUGCUUCAUGGAUUCCACUGAUCACCAAAGCCCAAUUCAUGAAAGUCGUCAACAGGGCCGACAACACCAAGUGUGCACCGAACAGCCUGACGACACAUCUUGCUCGAUGGCAGUGUGCGGUCUGAAGGAUGCAGUUACAAAACAUUGGAGAUUUCUGAUCCCGUCUUGCUUAGGGAGAUCGUCACCGGAAAGCCUGCCGAUAUCAUUGUCACCGAUCACCGUGUACCAAGUCUGGCCUGGGAAAAACGUGUUUUUCCUGGAUGGACGUGUGGUCUUUGGACCUGAUCCGCGAGGCCUCAUCUUGACGGUCAUAGCGGUUGUUCUUUCAGAGUGGAUCUUCUUGGCCGACGUGGUUGAUCCUUCGUCGAAGCAUCCAAUCCUGAUAGCUGCAUUCUCCAUGGCACUGGCAGCAGCCGUGAUUGCGACUCUGCUGCUGACCGCAACAAGAGACCCGGGGAUCAUACCAAGAAAGUGGCCUUUACCGUCGCAAGAAGCUGGCACGAGCACCGUCAGAAGAACUGGGAGCUGGCGCAUCGUCAUCGACGGCGUCUAGAGGAAGCAGAAGUACUGCCGAAUCUGCGACAUCUUCCGUGCUCCGAGGAGCUCCCACUGUGCCAUAUGUGACAACUGUGUGG